UCAACAUGUGCGUGUGCUUGCCGUGCGCCGUGUUCUGGAGGAGCGCCUGGUAGCACCACAAGAUCUCCUCCACGUCCAUCUGGAGCGCGUGCACGCUGUGCUGGCCCAUGCGGAGUCCAAGUUCGGGAACCUCGAGGAACGCCGUGCCGUGCCCGUGCUGCAUCUCGUCGAGACGCAGGAGAAACCCGAGGAACUGCUGCACCGACCCGCAUGUGCCCGACGGGUGCUCCAACGGCUUCAAGCCCGGGAGGCUGCAUCCGGGUGCCUUUCCCUGGAACUGUAGCAAGUACCGACUUUCGUCCACCUGCACGACAAGCGGGAUGUCGAGCUGCGCAAGGGAGACUCUGGGCUCUUGCGAGCCCCCGACACUUUCAUCGCUGCUAUCAACAGUUGGUCCUUUCGUGCCGUCGCCGCUCGCUUCCCACCGUGCAUAGUCUUCACUGUAAAAGCCAGAACCCUCGCCCGCGUCGUCUCCGGCUACUUCCCUCUCCUGGCCGCUGCCCUUAUCGAUCUCAUCAUCGAUAUCGUUGCAUCCCUGAGGGUCAACAUGGCCAUCUCCUUCUUGGUCGGUGUCACUAUCGCUCUCCUUGGCAAUGUCAUUUUCAAUCUCCGGGUCAAUGUCACUAUCACUCUCCCGGCCAAUGCCAUUGUCGAUCUCCUGGUCAACAUCAUCCGCGCUGUUUUCGCUGGCUUCGUCAAUGUAAUCGCCCGCAAUUUCAGUCUCCCCGGCAAUCCCGUUUCUUCCCUCCAAAGCGUCUGGUGGACUGCUGCAUGACCCAUCUUCGAUAUCUACAAUGGAAAGCGGCAAGUCUUCUGCACCAGCGUAAGCCCCGUCAUCUUGUACACUGCACACUUCGCCCUCGUUGGGGGGAUAUGUGUUUAUCAAAUCCUCGUCCCCAUCGAGCUCUUCGUUGGUUGCUUCCCCAUACGUGGAGCCCUCUGCCUCGCUUUCCAAAUUAUCGAUAUCCUCCUCGCUGUCCAACUCAAUGGCCAGCUCCUCUCGAUUAUAAGCCAAUCCAGGCCCGAUUCGUGAUACCUCCUCCAAUACCUCCACCUCACUAUCGUCAAUAUGGACACUUCCGUCGCUUUCAUCAUGGAGCUCCUCAUUAUUAUUCGUUUUCUAGCGCCAACUUUGCUGUGCUGGCAGCGGUGGGUGAUGCCAUAAUGUCAGCAGGGAUCUCGCUCGCUGCGUCCAAAUCUUCCAGAGUAUUAGUGGGGCUCUCCAUGAAUCACAAGCUAGGAUCUAGAAAGAUAUUGUUGUUGGCUAUUAAGGGGAAGUGUACGAAGAAGAAUGGAUUCUAGCGUAGUUUAUGCAAAGAACGUCUGUCGCUACUCUGAGCAAACGCGGGUGUUGUCUCCGCAGUUCAACGCGCACCGUGCGCUCUGCCGUUCGUCCUGCAGAUACCAGGUCACCUUUAGUCUUCGGAAAGCAUCACUUUGAUACGUUUCAUGGUUGCGAGUAUUCAUUGACCUCC